GUUCAUGUGUGUGCAGCCAGGGGGGUGUUUCCCAACUUCCCAAAAGCGUGUCCGAGAUCUUUGAUAAACACCCGUCAAUGCCACUCUCCAAACCACAUAACUUUCUGACAGUUGGACAGCGCUCGCAUGAUUUAGUUAAAAACAGUUGCCGGGACCACGAGCCAUUCAGAACAGUUGAACAGCGCCACGCAGCGGACAGCACAGUGAUUACAUUCGACACACAACUUGGGUUUUGCACUGGAGAAAGGAUUUGUCGCACGUUGGAAACACCGGGAAUACUACAGCGUCAACCACCACGCACUAGAAUGCUGCCGAAAUUCACAUUUUUCACCAUGGAUGUAUCACGGAAGACCACGUCAAGGACGUUUUCUGCCGCCUCUCUAGUUUUACUUUUACUAUUCAGCAUCAGCAAGUGCAAUGCGUGCCAACCUGGAGAAGCAGAAAUGACAGAAUCCAAAUUUUAUCGGUCGCAAAUUGUCAUCCAGGCAACAGUUUCUACGAGACAGGAUCGUGAUGUAGUCGUUCGAGUGGAAAGAACUGUCAAACCCGCGGACGGAUCCGGCGUUGACAGUGAAACGAUAACCUUAAAUGGAUUUGGGACGGAGGACCCUUGUUUCUGGGAAGCCACGGAUUUAUCAGACAACACAGCGUAUUUCUUCUUUCUUAGAGGCUUGGAUGAGGCUGGUUAUUACCCGAUCGUUGGCAAUCCCGUGGAGGCAACGAAAAAGGAGAGAAAACUCGUCAGGAAGUUUAUGCAAGAUGGUGCCGCACCAACCUUUGCGAGAGAGCUGAAGGACAAGACCUACCUACCAGGGGGCCGUGCUACGGUGUCGUGCUCGGCGUCGGGCUACCCCUCGCCCAGGCUCACCAUGAUGAAAGACAAUGUCACGUUAUCGAAGGGGGCCAUCAGGGGCAUUUCCUACAAGAGCGGAAAAGGGGGCAUCAAGUUAAAACUGAAGAACCUACAGAAAGCAGUUCACGAAGGAGUGUACGCGUGCAUUGCUGACAACGGGGUCCACCCCCAGAUAAUGACAAGUGCAACCAUCGAAAUUUGCGCUCUUUCUUGCGACCACGGGGAGUUGAAUGAGAAGAACUGCGAAUGCCAGUGUGAGGGGGGUUGGGAUGGGUUUACAUGUAACAUCCCUCUGCUAGUGGCAAACUCUUCCAUCCCGUGCAACUUGGACUGUGGAGAGCAUGGCAGAGUAUUGUCUGACGAAUGCAAAUGUUCCUGUGAUGAUAACUAUGUUGGAGAAACCUGUGGUAUCAUGUGUGACAAGACAUGUGGAGACCACGGCACACUGGACCAUGACACGUGUUCCUGUCGAUGCGACGACGGUUACUAUGGCGAUGCAUGCCUCAGUGAGUUUGACCUUUCAUCCGGUGACGGCGGCGGUAUCACGGCAGGUACCGCAGAUCAGCUUUGCCACAACAAUAGCUACUGCCUGAAUGGAGGGACUUGCCAUUCCGUGGAAGACCCCAAGACCAGAGAGCUGCUGUCCCUUUGCAGCUGCCCCCGCACCUUUAUGGGCGAUCGUUGCGAAAUCCCCAAAUGCAACCUGGACUGUGGUCUGCACGGCUCACUCCAUGAGGAAGAAUGCAGAUGUGUGUGUGAACCAGACUACAGGGGAACCUACUGUCAAGUGUUGGUCGAUGACCACACCGAGCCCUGUGGACCAGAGUAUGAACAUUACUGCAUGAACGGCGGCACCUGUAUCCACCUGAAGGGAAUCAUGAGGCCGUCUUGUAGGUGUCCCAUACUCUAUUAUGGGGAUCGUUGUGAUCUACUGGAGCCCGAACUCGACUGCGGUUGCAUGAAUGGCGGAAGGUGCCAAUAUAACCCAAGAUUAGAGGCAUAUAUGUGCAUCUGUCCCCCUCACUAUGGAGGAACGAGAUGUGAGUUUGUCAAACCUGGUUACUCUAAGAAUACAAAAGAGAACUCCCGCAAGAUGAUCAUAACCAUCUGCGUCAUCUUCCUCGCCAUGCUGAUUGUCAUCGGUCUCGUUGUCGUUAUCUACAUCAGAAAUAGGACUGCCCGGGAGAAAGAACGCCGCGAGAAACUGGAGGAGAUGAUCCAAGACCAGCGCACUGGGAUGAGGCUGCAAGCCCCACUACAGUUCACUGGGGCCGGAGGGACCUGCCCAGCCGACGACAUCGAGAUGACCAGUUUUCACCGUAACUCCAACCAGAUGCCAGAUGUUAGAAUGGAGUCAGAGCAGCAGCUUGGAGCCACUAUGCCUGGCGACCGUUCCCAAGGUCAGGGGUCAUUGCCUCGGAGUCAUAAUGACAGCAUGAAUAGAUUGCCCGACAGAUCGUCCCAGACCAGCAUCCACUCACAGGGCNGUGCACACAUCAAGGGCGGAAAGAACGGGUAUGAGGCUGUACCCACGCAGGAGGAUCCGACAGGCAAGCAAGGGGUCCAACCCAAGAAUGAUUCUGAUACGUCACUGGAGGGGCCUGGGGACCCGGACACUUUGCCCCUCAAGCACCCGAGGGCAUCCAGUGAUCUGGGCAGCGAGAGUGAAGAGUCAGAGGGGGAGGGGGACCUCGUUGAUGUCCCAAACCCCCAGAUACAAGCCCUGCAAAACCACCUUGGGGGCAGCGACCAUGACAGUGGGGACUAUACCUGGGACGAGCACAGUUCCCCGGGACUGCGGAUUACGUCGCCCUAUGCCCACGACUCGUCACCCCUGCACCAGCCAAGAGGUCGAGGGCGCUUGGAUGGCGUCGACGGAAGCAGGUCACCUGACCGAAUCCAUAUCCAUGAGAAUCCCCUGGAGAACCCAGGGUCCAAGACCGAUGCAAUGAAUAACGUCAUGUCGGGAAGCCCUAAGGAUGCCUACUAUGGUGAUAGGUUAAAAGACGUCGUCGAAGGCAGCCCACCUUCAGCUGUUUAA